UCAACAAGCUUCCGACACCCAACUCCGUCACCAGGGUCUCUCUGUCGAACAAGUGGAGCAGAGAGUGUGACGAAUGGCCUCCUCCACAGCAGCCGCCACCUCCCCGUUCUUGGGCACCCGCCUACCCGAGCACAGCCUCGCCAAGGCGGUCGGCCGGUUCCAGGCCCAGUUCGGAUUCGGCAGCAAGAAGUCCCGGCCCAAGAAGGCCAAGGCGCCACCGACGUCGGACCGGCCGCUGUGGUUCCCGGGCGCCAAGACACCGGAGUGGCUCGAUGGCUCGCUCGUCGGCGACUACGGAUUCGACCCCUUCGGCCUGGGCAGGCCGGUCGAGUACCUUCAGUUCGACUUCGACUCGCUGGACCAGAACCUGGCGAAGAAUCCGUCCGGAGACGUGAUCGGGACCCGGACGGAGAGGGUCGACGUGAAAUCCACCCCCUUCCAGCCGUACUCCGAGGUGUUUGGGCUGCAGCGGUUCCGCGAGUGCGAGCUCAUCCACGGUCGGUGGGCCAUGCUCGCCACCCUCGGCGCCCUCGUCGUCGAAUGGCUCACCGGCGUCACUUGGCAGGAUGCUGGCAAGGUAGAGUUGGUGGAGGGCUCCUCGUACCUCGGCCUCCCUCUCCCCUUCAACAUCACCACGCUGAUAUGGAUCGAGGUGCUGGUGAUCGGCUACAUCGAGUUCCAGAGGAACGCGGAGCUCGACCCCGAGAAGAGGCUGUACCCAGGCGGCAAGUACUUCGACCCCCUCGGCCUGGCGGCCGACCCCGAGAAGAAGGCCUCCCUGCAGCUGGCGGAGAUCAAGCACGGCCGCCUCGCCAUGGUCGCCUUCCUGGGCUUCGCCGUCCAGGCCGCCGUCACCGGCAAGGGCCCCCUCAACAACUGGGCUACCCACCUAAGCGAUCCACUUCACACCACCAUCAUCGACACCUUCUCCUCCUCUUAACCACAUCAAUCUAUGCCUCCUCCUCUUCUUCUUCUUUCUUUAUGUACUCUGCUACCUGUACGAUCCUUAUGACUGUAAAUUAUUAGUUAUUGUUGGAUUCGGCAUUUCCUAAA